AUGGCAAUGUUUCGCAGGAACCCGCAGCUUAUGAAGGUUCUGCUCCUAGCUGGGCUUCAGCAAGCCGGGUGCAACUUGGCGAACACCUUCGUCUUGAGUGACAUGAAGGCGACGUACUGGGGUAUCCACCAGUCCGAGUACCAGUCUCUGGCCUCCAUCUUCAUCAACAUGAUGGCUGUCAUCUGCGGCGGGCCAUACGGAAGGUUUGGCGACGCUGUGGAUCGACGU